UUGCAGAUCGUUGAUUCUCAAAGUGCAUCGUUUCUUCGCGACGCUGCGCCUUUCGCUCGCAGAUCGCUGAUUUUCUGUCAUUUUAUACAGCCGUCGACGGGAAAAAAGUGUUUUGUUUUCUACUCGCGUGAAAAGCAUUUUGAAAAACGGCAAUUUUCUCAGUUUUCCGGUAGUGAUUGCAAGUGAUGCCUGUGUUGAACUGAAAACUGCGUUUGCGAAAAUGGACGGUGAUCUGAUAAUUCUGGACGACGAGUUGCACCUGCUUGCUGACAUAGCACAGGAGCAACAACUUCAACAACAGAUGUAUGCGGUUAAUCCGGGCCCAUCUAGGAGGAGCCAGAGAGUAAAAGCCGUACAGCCACCCCCGGUGCAACCAGCGAAACAAACUGCCGUUCGAGGGCGAGGGGUGAAACGCACUCGAAAUGGUGACAAAAUACCACCGGCAAACGUGUCGAUUCCCCAAACAAUUCCCGCAUCGGAUCAGUACAGUUCGUCGGUCAUAGUCGAUGGGCAGGAUGUCUACUACAUCCAGGAGGUGGACGACGCAAGUUCGGAAUCGGUGGAACAAGUUCCAUACCUAAACCCUAAUGCGAUUAUGUCCUUUACGGAGGAUGACGAUGAUGAUGGUACCGAUACGGACGACGCACCGGAAGUCCCGGAAGAACGGCCGCUAACCGAGGAGGAAGAAUACUACAAUGUGGAACCGCUGGAGCUGUCUGACAUUUGGAAUGAUCUGAUAACGGCCAAUCAGGAGAUUCUGAUCCUUUUGGAGUUGUCCGACUUGAAGGAUCACAUCGUCGAUGCCAGGCGUAUCGAGGAGCAAAUCAGGGAUAUGGCAUGCGACUACUGUCACCGCAUGUUUCCGGACAUCAAAACCUUGGACAAACACGUCAAGAAGGUUCACUUCUGCACCGAGCGGUUCGAGUGCGACAGCUGUGACGGCAAAUUCCUGUUCUUCGCUCGCUUCAAAGAUCAUCUCAACGGUCACACGGGGCAGCGGCCUUACCAGUGCGACGAAUGCAACCACCAGUAUGCCUUCCGGAUGGGAUUCCUGGUGCACAAAAUUCUCGACCACAUGAAGCUGAACGGCGUCUACGUGUGUCCCAAAUGCAGGUUGGACUGCCGCGAUGCUCAGCAUUACAAACUGCACAUCGCCAGCCAUAUUGAGUUCGGGCCGAGCUCGACGUCGGCGAUGACGGCGACGCCGGCUCAGCUUCCGGCGGUCACCGCAAGGGCGGUAACUACAGCGGCAAAACCUAGCACCAAUGGAGCGACCAUGCGGCAUCCUCCCGGAUUUGCCAAGGAAAACGAACGCAACAAAUUCCUCAAUGUUUUCGAAAGUUUUUCCAAAAACCGGAACGUGGAAUCGGCUCUCCCUUCCGUGGGCGGCCGCCACAAGAAACACUAAACUAUCGGUAAGCUAAGCACCUGACUCCAUUUUAUGUUAGUUUCUUUUUUUUUUUAAUUUUCGAAAUCAGCUUCGAAAUUCGAAAGAUUAUGUCAUACCUAUUCUACCUACGUUCAUAUUACCGGAAUCGUUAUGAUUUUAUUUUGAUCUAACAAUAUGGUUACUGUAAGUCAUCACAGUUUAAAUUUGAACAAAAAACAUGAAUCCCACAAGCUCGUUAAUUUCCCAUUUUCCUAUGAGAUCGAAGGUGACUGUACUCCACAAGAUAUUUCAGCUCAGUUGCCUCGGCGAUAAGAUAGUUUUGCGUGUAGUUGUAAAUAAUAAUAAUUUACGAAUAAUUGCAAA